UAGCCGGCCCGGGUCUCCUGGAGACGACGAUGGCGGGGUAUGUGGGCGGUCGCAGUUGCACGGACUCGGAGCUCCUGCUGCACCCUGAGCUGCUGUCUCAGGAGUUCCUACUCCUCACUCUCGAGCAGAAGAACAUAGCGGUUGAAAAUAACAGAAGCAUAAACAAGGACGAGCUUACUGAUCUUUAUGUUCAGCAUGCAAUACCAUUGCCUCGGAGAGAUUUGCCAAAGAACCGAUGGGGGAAGAUGAUGGAAAAGAAAAGAGAACAGCAGGGGAUAAAAAAUGAGGAUAAAAGGAGUGGCUCUGUGGACGGAUUAAGGAAAAGACCCCUGAUUGUAUUUGAUGGAAGUUCGACCAGUACAAGUAUAAAAGUGAAAAAGACUGAGAACGGAGAUAAUGACCGACUCAAACCCCCGCCUCAGGCAGGCUUUACCAAUCAUGCCUUUCAGAAAUUUGCAAAUUCCUCCUCCUUGAUUUUGUCUUCCAAUUUGCCUAUGAACAAUAAGAUGGAACACGAUAAUGACAGUAAACAGAAUCAUGACUUAACACACAGGAAAAGUCCUUCAGGACCUCUGAAGUCACCACCUUUGUCCCCAGUUGGAACGACUCCGGUGAAGUUGAAACGAGUGGCCCCUAAGGAAGAAGCUGAGGUGAACAACCUGAAGCCCCCUGAGGCAAAGAAGAAGAUACAGCAUGUUACGUGGCCAUGAAAGAAAGUUUCUAGAAGUGAAAAAAUAAUUUUAACUGUUGUUUUUAAAGACAAAUUCACAUAUCUGACAGUAUUUACAAACAUCCUGAUUUUUGUGGGAAAUUGUUAAGUUUAUAAUUAGGUUCGAAAAUCAUUUUCCUUUCCUUGUCCCUUUCUUUAAAAAACAGCCCUCUGGCUUUUUCUGCCCCGGUGAAGAGUUUCGUUCGUGAACACAUGACUCCAAGUGUGUGUAAAGCAUCCAGUGGAUUUUAGGGAUUCUCUUUAGUCUGCUCCAGUCAUUGGGGAAAUUGGAGAUUUGCUUUUAUUUGAGUAGUUGACAAUUUUUACCUUUCCUAAACAUUAUCAAACAGUUGUUCAUCACAAUAUUUUAGUAAGUGCGGCCACUGAUCCUAAAGGUCCACCAAGAAAAAUGUAUUUGUAUUGCAAGCAGAAAAAAAGAUGCAAACCACACAGACAAAAUUGCUGUUCUUUAAGUGCUUACAUUGCUUCCCAUAAAAAUCAAAAGGGAAGUCAAGUGUUUACUCUCACUCCUCCAAAUUCCUAACAGAAUUGGAGGUCUUUUGGAGCUGACUGGUCAGUUUUGUAUGUAGUCCACCAUGUAUUCCAUGUAAUAGCCCAUCAGUGGUCUGUGUUCACAUUCUGUGAUCCUGGGGUACCCUUCCCAGGAACUGGAACUUUCCAAAAUGAAGCUGGCUUUCAAAUUGUCAGGUAAGAUAAUCAUGGCAGAGGUCAUAAAAAGUGGUGGCCGAAAAUUGAGGAAAGGAAGAGGAGGUCAGAAUUCUAGAACAUUCAGUUCAGGAAGUAAAUGUUCAGUAGGAAAACUCUGUGAUCUGGUAUGUGUGAGCUGAGGAGCUGCUGGGCUCUUGUCACCAGAGUUGAGGACAGAAAUGCAGGGCCAGCUGGAGGAGCGCCUGCCAGUGGCUGAGGAGAGUUUUGGGCAUGCUGUCACACGCUGCAUCUACUA